AAAUAACUUAAAACAUCUUUUAAAAAGACUUUUGAUAAACUAAUCCGUUGCCGUAUAGCGCAUCAACAAAUUUUACAAAGAGCACAAAAAAAUGGAUUUGAGGCUGUAUCUUUGCCAAACUUAAGCCUAUUGACACGACACUUGGUAGUUGUGAUGUCAGUCAGGAGCUGAGGGUACAUGCAGAGUUGCAUCACAGCGCCUAGUGGUCAGAUUAAUGUAUUACACACCUAUAACUUUGGCUGCGGUCAAUGUACUGUCACGGGACUUGUUUCCUUGGAGUUUUGAAUAGUUGCCGAGUCCAACGAUACCAAACAUGCCAGGAUUCGCCUUACGGUUAGCCCUGUGCAUCAAAAUAGCGCUUAAAAACACAUGCGAAUAUCUCCGCGGGGGUUAUUCUGAUUGACUCGAAAACGCCAUAGGAAGAACAAUGCAUUACCUUCUGAACAAAAAACUUUAUUGGCGUUAUAUUAAAAUUUUCAUCAGAAAUGGCCGGAAAUUGCAAAAAAUGACAAAAUUACCUUUAAAUUUUGUGCUUUUACACAUAAAUGGUUAUAACUUUGCAAUGAAAAGAGAUUUUUUCACCAGAUUUGAUACGCUGAUGUACGACCACAGUCUGAGGCUACACAAAAAAAUUGUAUGCUUGCACCACUAGUUGGCCUUAUAAUUUAACAAAACCUUUGAAAUCAAGCAACCCUAUGGUCAUACAACUGUUUCUUCACUAAACUAAAGUGUAUAGUCAUAAAACAAACUAGAUGCAACACAGUUAUGAACUGAGGUUGCAUGCAGAAUUUUGUCAUUGCGCCACCUAGUGGUUUUGAGAGAGGCAAAAAAUGCCAUAUUUCUAAAACUACUGCUACAGGUCAACUAAAACCUUGAGUCAUCAUGGAUUAAGCCUUUAAUGGGUUGGAGUAUAAUCAUUGGUGCACACCAAUUCACUCCCUAGCAACCAAUGAGAAUACCUUAUAAACCAUUUUUACAAGAGUUAUAUUUCUUCAUCAGAACAUCGUAGAGACAUCUUUUGACUCAUUUUCACCACUAUAACAUUUUGUGAGCUGAGUAUUGGCACUGCAAGCACUACUCGCAUUUCCUUUAGUGUUCUAGUUGUCAAUGCUCAUCAAGAAGAGAAGGAGAGAUUUCACUGAAGGAGAACACAGCUUUUUUGCUAAUUACUGUUAUAUUAUUUUGUCUGAAAUCAAGAGAUUUUCCUAGGUUCUUUAAAUUGCUCAUCCAAACUCAUUUUUACUUUCUUCUGUGCCCUUUUUGGCUUGACCCCGGUGAUUGCUGCUUGCAGCUUGCUAUAAUGGUCUAUGGCAGCCUAUAGAACCGUACGUAGGAAAGUUAUGAAAGUUACGAAAUUUGGCACACUGAUAGAGGACUGUCCAAAAAUUCUCCACAGCAAAUUUGAAGUCUGUAUCUCUAACCCGCUAGCGCCACCAACAGUCCAAAUUUGCACUUAUGUAUUUGCUUAUAACUUCUGACCCGUAAGUCCUAAUCACUAAAUUCUUGUUUCCUCUGAUUCCUUGGCUCAAGAAGAUUCGAUUGGACCCUAUGACGUCAUUUUCCGUCAUGAAAAAUUUUCCGCCAUUUUGAUUUAUUCAUAAAACCUACUUUUGCGAACUUGUCCUAGAGCUUUUGCCCAAUUGCCACGAAAAACGGUAUGUAGCAUCUAGAGACACUCAGGGCAAAAAGUUAUUAAAAGAAUUUUGAUAAAUCAUUCCGUUUUUGUAUAGCGCGUCGUAAAAUUUUACGUAGAGCGCAAAAAAACAGUUUUUAAUGUGUAUCUUCGCCAAUCUUAUGUCUAUUGACGCCACACUUGGCAGUUGUGAUGCCGGUGAGGAUCUGAGGGGGCAUGCAGAGUUUCGUCACAGCGCCACCUAGUGGUCAUACGAAUGUUGUACAUGCUUAUAACUUUGGCUGUGAUCAACUUAUUUUCACAGGACUUGAUUUUUUGGAGUCCUGAAUAGUUGCCAAGUCCAACGAUACCAAACAUGCCAGAAUUCACCUUAUGGUUAACCCUGCGCAGCAAAAAAAGUACUUAAAGCUGCAGUCCGGCACUUAUUUGGGUUCAAAAAUAUCCAAAAAAACAUUUUUGAGAAAAUACAUAACCAGCCAGUGUUCAAAACUAUCUGCUUACCUUAGCUCGAUUCCAAACGGCAAGCUUGUAUUAAUGAUUCUCAUUUUAGUGGUACUGGUGGAUUUCCGCGGGAAAUUCGAGCACGUGUUUGCGUCAUUACGUCACGUCACGUCACUUUUGUACACAUAAAGAAGGAGUCCCGGCUAGUAGGUUAUAUUGCGUGUGAGGAUAACGGAGAGGAGAUUUAUUGCCUUUUCUCACAUCACUUGGCAUGAUUAAAGUUAUGGCGGAUCCAGAAAGAUUUAAACGACAAUCACCAGUGACAACUAAUUCACCAGUUGUAAAACCCAAAAGACCUCGGACUUCGGAGUGGCUACAGAAAAAAAGAGAAUGCAACCGAGCCCAUGCUAAAACAAGGAUAAACAUUGGCAUGGCUUUUGAAAGGUGGCGUGAACUUCGUGUUUUGAAGGGGUUCAAAACGGACGCAGAGACGGCUUUUUUUCUGAUGGACAGCUAUGAGAGGGAGCAGUUCACCUCUACGCCAAGAAAACCAAACCCGCCUCCUCCGUUGUCAAGUAUUGGAGCUGAAUCAGAUCGAGAAACUGAUUUUUCUGUACCCGGAGUUGGUUUUUUGGAAAAAGAACAUGAUGAAGAAGAGGCAUUGCAAGCAAGCUUUACAUCUAUGACAAUUAGCGAGAAGUCAUUGCAAAUUGAUGAUGAUCAAGCUAAUGACCUGAUGAACACUAUUAUAGAUUGGGAUAAUGAAAUGGUUACGCCGUCAAAAUAUGGGGAUGAGUAUGAUGUCGAUGACAGUUCAGAUGAGGAAUAUGUGCCACCUUUAUGUUUGCGAAUGAGUGGUUCACAAAGUAUUCCUUUCAACAUUGAUGAGUUCCCUGUGAUUGGGCUUGAUGAAACCGUGCAUGACGAAGUGGAUUGUACUGAGUCUAUUGAUGAGCCCCUCACUGAGCAGGAACAAAUUCUUAGUGAAGAUGACCUUGUGGGAAAGCAUGCUUCUAUUGUCUACGAUGACAAUUUGAAACUGCUUGUAAAUGUUCUUCAGUUUCCAUUGAACGCGUGUACUUUCAAAGAUCACACCCUAAAUAUAAAAUGUGAUGCUUCUCCACCCUUCACAAUGAAACUAACAUCAAGAGGAACUGCUACAGUCUUGCAAUGGUUCUGUUCCAGAGGUCACAAUGUUUGGACAUGGAAUUCGCAACCAAAAUUCAAGUAUGGUAUGCAAGGAGGGGAUUUCAUGCUGGCAAGCAACAUCUUGCUCUCUGGCAACAACUAUGCAAAGAUAAAACUUCUUUUCCAGUUCAUGAACAUGGGCAUUGUUGCCAAAAACACAUUUUACAGUAUUCAAGAUGCAUACUGCACAAAUGCUGUAAAGGAAUUCUGGACAAUUAGGAGAGCUGAGGUGAUUCAGCGCCAUCAGUCCAAAGAUGAGGUUGUGGUUCUAGCUGAUGGAAGAAUGGACUCUCCAGGACACUGUGCACAGUACUGCACUUAUACAACUAUGGAAAAUGAUUCAAAGGACAUAGUUCAUGUGAUAACAAUAGAUAAAAGAGAGACCCAGAGAAACUCUGUUAUCAUGGAAAAAGAGGCUUUUAUUCAGACUGUCGACCAGCUUUCGAAAGAACUGAAGCUGAAGGAGGUCGUUACAGAUGCACACAGGCAGAUAUCUGCUUUGAUGGAUCCAGUGAAAGGCAGGUACAAGGAUAAUGGGAUUGUACAUUCUCUGGACAUGUGGCAUGGAGCAAAGAACCUUGCAAAAAGACUGCAUGCUGCUGGGAUGAUAGCUGGCCAGCACAUCAUUUUGAUCUGGAUAAAAGACAUCGUUAACCAUUUCUGGUUUUGUUGUAAAGCAGCAGAUCACAGAGAACAGUUCAUGGAUCUUUGGACUGGUGUGCUUCAUCAUGUGAUUAACAAACAUACAUGGGCCUUUGGACAAUGUCAACAUGGCAGUGUUGAGGCUGACCACAAUAAGGAAUGGAUGAAACCUGGGUCCGUUGCACAUGAGGCCUUGUCCAAGAUUGUUCUUGAUGCAAGAUGGCUCAAAGCAAUUGACAAGUAUCUUCGAUUCAGGACAACUGCUGACCUAGAGUCAUUUCAAAAUCACAUUUUGAUGUACGCCAGCAAGAGAUUUGCAUUUUCGCCACCUGUUUAUGAGGCACGAACCUUACUUGCUGCGCUGGACUACAAUCAUCACAAUCAUCGUCCAAUACUGGUGAAUGCAGAGGGGAACAAAAUGUACAGGAGGCUGUACAACAAAAAAUCAAAAAGGUGGUGUGUUUAUGCAUUAAAAACAACCAAAGACUACAUGUACAUCCCAGAACUGCAGAGGUCUAUUGUUAGGAAAAGACUAGAUUCUGCUUCAGGUUUGUCAAGAAGGAGGCCAUUGAAGGCUGAUGACCCCAGAGCCCUGGGCAACUUACCAGACGUUCCUCCUCCACCAACUGCAGAGUUAGUUCAAGCUCAACUUCACAGAGGAGAUGAUCUUGCAUGAUCUACUCACAGCUGUAAUCAUCUAUUAAAAAAGUUUUCAAGGUGGUGUGCUGUUAUACUCCACUACUGGAUAAACAUAUCUUUGUAAAGUUUGUUAUUAAUUUAUUUACACACUGAAGGACAUGUGCAUCGCACCAUUAGUGUAAAAUAUCUAUGUAGUUUGAACAGUGCUUAGUAAAGAUGUUAGCAUUACAAAUAGUACAAAAAAUCCUAAUGCCUAUUUUUAAGUACAGUUUGUAUCUGUCUGAUUUGGUCAGUGUAAUAAAAAGAUUCGAUAGGAACUCAAGAUUUCUUUAAUUCUUUAU